AUGACUCGAUGCAGUGUAUUCUCCGAGGAGGAGAAUAAGUGGAUGGAGAAGUAUCUAAGCGAGUGGGGGACCACCAAGUCGAAGAUUAACUUCAUGUUGAAGAUCUCGCCUCUGUUCUUCAAGGACUUCCCUAUUGAUCCGACGCCAGAGGAGAUAGCGAGUUGUGGAGGAGAUGUCGCGCAGGCGAGGGUGCAUGAGGAUGUUGUGCAGCGCUAUAAGGAACGCAAGGCGCAAAUCAAGACCUGGUUCGCUAACCACAGCCGCGAGCGCGGCACUGGUCCUGACAUUCCUGGCAUCAAGCGUCCCGUACGAUCUCGUGUGCUCUCUCUCGAGACCAAACCCAGGAAGCCUCAGGAGUAUCAAGCAUGGCAACGCCUGUACUAUCACAAUGAAGAUGUGCAAGCGGAAUACAAGGCCGCCUGGGCACAGGCAAUGAAAGAGGGCUGGACGUCCGAUCAACAGGUCAAAUUUCAGUCGCAAUUUGCCCAGCAGCAUCUCGACGCUGCCGAUCCAGAGACGCUUCAAGCCGUCCAGGACUAUUGCAAAGAGGGUUAUCUCCAAAGGGACGAUUUAGUCCUUCCGGUUGGCGUCCAGGACACGGAGGAUAUGCGACGAGCAGCUAUCGAUAAUCUACCGCAUACUAUAUCAGCAGCAGCAGAGAGCUGGCAUCGACAGACCGGUUUACAAAUCUCUAUCAUGGUUGGCGGACCCUUCCCGCGCUCAGAAACUGCGGAAAUCCAGACCAUGUACUAUGGCGCCGGCAAGAAUCUCCUUGGAUGUGAGUUCGUCGACGUCAACUCCGACUUCAAGACGGACUGGCGAGACGUGUUCCACGCCUUCUGUGAAGGUUCAUACACUUCGCAGGAACGCAUGCGCCGCCGUGUUGUUGUUGCGGCUGAUAAUUCCGCAAAGCCUGGCUCAGCGCCUACCGCGAGUUCUUCCACGGUCCUCCCGCAAGCUGACGAAAACACACCGCCGAUUGGAUGUGCACCUCCUGCCGCCGUCGCUAUGCGACCACAUGAUACUGCAUUAAAACCAGUCAACAAGCCUGUGGAUGACGCUAUCGAUCCUCAACUCCUGGGACUCAUUUCAUUCUCGGAUAACGCCCAUAUUGAAGCCCCAGCAUCUGUCCCGAUCCAACAGCACCUCCAAGCAGCCUUGCCCCAGACGCCUCAUUCGCAGCCUGCGACCACCUCCCCUCCGCCCGUUACGAUCCUCACAGCGCCUAUUCCAGCUUCACCUGAGGUCGCUUCAGGCUCCGGCGAUGUCGGCCUUUCAGGUGCUGCGAUCGGGACGCCGGUUUUUCAAGACCCCGCAACCCCUUCGCCUACGACGCCUUCCUCGCAGCCUGCGAUCACUUCCCCUCCACCCGUUACGGUCCUCACGGCGCCUCUUCCAAUUGCACCUGAGGUCGCUUCAGGCUCCGGCGAUGUCGGCCUUUCAGGUGCUGCGAUCGGGACGCCGGUUGUUCAAGACCCCGCAACCCCUUCGCCUACGACGCCUUCCUCGCAGCCUGCGAUCACCUCCCCUCCACCCGUUACGGUCCUCACGGCGCCUCUUCCAACUGCACCUGAGGUCGCUUCAGACUCCGGCGACGUUGGUCUUGCAGGUGAUGCGAACGGAACGCCGGUUGUUCAAGACCCCGCAACCCUUUCGCCUACGGCGCCUUCCUCGCAGCCUGCUAAUGCUUCUUCUUCAUCAGUCACCGCCCUCUCUGAACCUCGCCCAGCUGCACCUGAGGUCAUCGCAGGCUCUGUCGGCAUCGGUCUUGCAGGCGCUGCAGUCGGAACAUCGACUCUUCACGAUCCCGCAACCCCUUCGUCCACGACAUCUCCCUCGCAGCCUGCCAGUGCCCUCUCUUCGUCUGUCCCUGCCCCCGCUGCGGCUGAGAUCGCCGCAAGCGGCCCAACCGUCGACUCUCAGGGCGAUGCCGUCCGACCAUCUGUGUCAGAGGAUGAUUCAGAUCAUCCCGUCCUCUCGGUGACAUACUCAGAUCUGGACGAAGAGGAGAACGCUCUGCCUUCAGCAAAAAAAAUCCAGACCCGGGCAUCUUCGCGGCCAAAGAAGCUCAAAAUUACAGGUGCCGAGGGAUUUACUCUCGACUUCUCUCAGCCGACUGGUGACCUCGUCAAGAACAUCAGCUUGUCCAAGGACCUUCCCGAAUACUUCACGGCUGCAGUUGCUUUUUUUGCGGAGGCGGUGACCGAGCCCGCAUUCGUCAACAUGCUUCGAGCCUACAUCCUGUUUGAGGCAAAGGCACGAUUCCUCAGCCGGAACAGCGUUACGAAGUCCUUAAUGCGUCCGUCGAUGACCACGAAGUGGAUCAACAACACCAAGCGCACGACAUACAUGGUCACCUGCAAUGAACCUCAAAAGGACUUUUUUUCCUGGAAUGCGUGGUGGAUCUCGUUGCAGCCGAGCUGGCGCUGCCGCCCAAGUGCACCACUUUCACGUGCAGUUCCCCGUGGUCAGAGCACCACCUUCCCCGAAAUUAAGAACGGCAAAAACGGGGUCGUCGUCGUCGUACUAACUUUGGUUUGGAUUUUCCUUGGCGCCAUGGCCCGCAACGAGGGCGGGGUCAACGUCAAAGUACUCGAGGCCGUCGAGGAUGUCACCUGGGUCUUGACAUUGGCAACCAAGACGCCCGCGACCGCGGACAUUAACGAACCGCGGCGUACUCAAAAACGUUCCGCGAAGACGGCUGCUAUCAACGAUGAAAACGACGUCCCUGCAAAGCGUACUCGCAAGUCCAAGACCGCGUGA